CUCCCGCAGCAUCACAUUUGGAAAAGUACAGAAAGGCGGGCAGGAGCCACGUGAACGCGCUCAAGCUUGGCUGCUGCCGCUCGCCGUAGCCGCAUUUCCAACAUGGCGACUCCCCAGGAUGUCCACGUCCGGAUCUGUAACCAAGAGAUUGUCAAAUUCGACCUGGAGGUGAAGGCGCUUAUCCAGUUAAGUGAGCUGACUGAACUGAACACUAAGGUGAAAGAAAAGUUCCAACAGUUAAAACACAGAAUCCAGGAGCUUGAACAGUCAGCAAGGGAGCAAGACAAGGAGUCGGAGAAGCAGCUUCUACUUCAGGAGGUGGAGAACCACAAAAAGCAGAUGCUCAGCAACCAGACCUCAUGGCGAAAAGCCAAUCUUACCUGCAAGCUUGCCAUUGACAACCUGGAGAAGGCAGAACUUCUGCAAGGAGGAGACUCCUUAAGGCAAAGGAAAACCACCAAAGAGAGUUUGGCCCAGACCUCCAGCUCCAUCACAGAGAGUCUCAUGGGGAUCAGCAGGAUGAUGUCACAGCAGGUGCAACAGAGUGAGGAGGCUGUGCAGACUCUAGUCAGCUCUUCACGGACUCUCCUGGAUGCAAAUGAAGAGUUUAAGUCCAUGUCAGGAACCAUCCAGUUGGGCCGGAAGCUCAUCACAAAAUAUAACCGUCGAGAACUGACAGACAAGCUUCUUAUCUUCCUUGCUCUGGCCCUGUUCCUUGCUACAGUCCUCUAUAUUGUAAAAAAGCGCCUCUUUCCAUUUUUGUAAGCAAGAGCUGCCAGCUUUGGCCUGUGCACACAUGCUUCAGGAUCCGGGUGGGGAUCUCAAGGACUAGCCGGGCUGCCAAACUGGACUUCCCCUCUCCCUCGGGUGCUCUGUGAACCCAACAGAGGGAAACACAGCAGUCCAGCCUCCUGCCAGAGGGCUUGGCAAGGGUGUGUGGAAUAGAGGAGAUAGGAACCUUCAGGACUGAGGCACUCCAGCUCACCCUGCUUCCAAGGACUGCGGCUGCCAUAUAGAGCACGUUAACUCUGCGACUUGCUGUACCUCCUCUCACCGAGUCCAGAGGUGUGAGUGCUGGGCCUGGUGGAGGGAAGAGAGGAGAGGCACAUCCCAUGGGAGGGAUGGCUGUUUCCGAAUAAACCUCAUUUAUUUAAUAGAGUGGUAAAUGCUUA